AUGGUUGAUGAAUGUUUCCCGACACAUGAAAUACCAACGAAGACUAGCGCAGCGUCAACAGUUAGUCCUAUCAAUAAAUCGAUAACGUUAAAGUCAUUGCUGUCAAAGAGCGUACCCCCAACGCCAACAGGAUCUACUAAGUCUUCAGAAACAGUUGAACCAUUGCUGUCAAAGAACGUAACCCUAAAGCCAACAGGAUCUACUAAAUCUUCAGAAACAGUUGAACCAUUGCUGUCAAAGACCGUAACCCUAAAGCCAACAGGAUCUACUAAGUCUUCAGAAAUAGUUGAACCAGUUAGCAGGAAAGAAACUUACAGUACCAGUUCUACCAAAGCAGAUGAAAGUACCAAGCCAGGGUCUCAGCCUUUGAAUAGCACCACUUCCGUUAGCCCAGAUCAGAGACAUAACCUUCGGGGAAUUAUUGGUGGAGGAAUUCUUUGCGGAGCCAUAUUGAUAAUUUGCUUCAUCGCUUUCAUUAAAGACUUCAGUCAAUACAGAACACUUUUCUGUAUUAGGCGUGGGCGUAAAGGUUUAAACAGAGGUAAGAAUACUUCAGUAAAGAAAGACUAUCCCUUCAUUGCUCCUUGUUGUAAGAUGAGUGGUCGUUCUGAUGUUUCUAAUCUCUGGGGGGAAAUUUAGCAAUGGUUUUUAUAUAUUCAGAUAUAGCCUCUGUGGCAAAGCUUUUGCAUAGUGCAGUUAGUUUCCUAGCGGUAAAAGAGAACCAAAUAUUUGAUUUUUUUAAAGUUUCCUUUGGCCGCUAUUACCCUCGGGAAAAAUUGGUCCUCCCAUCCAACUAAGGAUCAAAUAAUCCGUCCCCGUUUUUUUUUUUCUUUUACUUCAUUCCUUGUUUCUUUCUUUGUUCCUUUUAUCCCUUUAGCCACGCAGACUGGUAGCAUUUUAAUCUUAUCCGAAUAUCAUGUGGAGUUUUUGUUUUCAUUAUGCAAUUUCUUUCCUCACCUUAUCAUUUUCUUGCAUGUGUCAGCCAAUAUUGAACUUUAAUAGUUGGUAAUAUUAAAUGGUAACAAUUUAAAAUAACAAGAAUAAUAACGCCCUUAUACUGCUUUAAACUUUCUUUUUUCACAGAUGAAGAACAGCCACUAAAUGAAUUUGAACCGGAUGGAGAUCACUUGGACAGUAAGUACCCCAAUGGUAUCUGUCAGUGUCACUAUAAUGCAGGGUCUCUCAAACCCGUUUAUUUCACGCAAACUCACAAGUUUCCUCUCGACAAAAAUCAUGAACGAAUUAAAUUGUGAAUCACAACAGAUAGACAUAACAGAAAAAGAGCCACACAAUGGAGAUGCUGUUAAUACGCCAUUAUCAUUUUUUUCAUUUUUAUAUUAUUUUUCAUUUAGUAAAAUAAUUUUCAGUCGUUGUAUGCUAUAGCAACUAUAAAAAUUUUUACUGCACAUUAAGUCAAGUUUACUUAAAGAACUUAUUGGAACCCAAAUUUGUUACAUCUAGUUCUGAACACUCCAGCCCCAAAACUAAGAUCUUUUUGAAACUAGCAUCACAAAAAAGGGAUCGGACUAUAUACGAUAUUUUCUUCCUUGAAUAUAGACGGCAGAACGACGUCUCGCUACUCUAACGACAAUCACUCUGCUACAACUUCCUCAGCUGGUGAGAAAGCGUAAUAUGAUUGACACUUACUUUCACUUAUACCAUAUAUUAACCUCGUCCGAUCGGCCAUUACAGGGAAGUCUCAGACCGAGGCCUCGAUGUGAUUGACAGAGCGAUAGCGAGGCUGAGGUCUGAGAUUGCCCUGUAAUUAACGAAGUUAAUAAGUUAUUUAUUAAAAGGCCUUUUUAGCGCUAUUUAUAUAAGACAUCGGAAGUAAUUAAGCUUACGAUCAAUUAAAACCAAUAACUGGUCCGUAGAUAACUUUAAAAAACACGUCACCUCUAUGAGCUUUACACUUGAGCCCGCGACACAUAUGAAACUGGUCAGCGGAUACCCUUGUUAAACGCUGUGAAUAUGUCCACUAUCAAGUUAAACACAGAUUGUAUAUGCCUUGGACACCUAGCUAAUAAUGCCCGGUCAUUAGCAGGAAAUCUUGCCCUAUCAGCAGCCAAUCAGAGAGCGAGUACUAUUGCAGCCAUACAAUAAUUAACAAUAAUAGUUUCUUUGCAGUCUAAAGAGACAGAAAAGUGUAACACCCUUCACAAAGAUGAUUCUGUUUUUAUUAUGAUUUUCACGAGACAAAUCUAGAAUACCAAUUGCUCAUAUUCGCUCGAAAUAAUACAACUACCCAGCCUAAUCCCAAGGCGUUCUCGACCCACAAGGAAGACCUAAUACUUAGGUUGGCGCUCGGCCAAAUCUGGACUCUACCGCGAGCUGUGACGUCGUCACCCUUUCCCAGACUUCGCACGAAUAACGGGACAAGAGAAAACGCCUAGGGACUAAGAUGUACAACAACAACGACAAUUCAUUGUACCCAUAGCAAAAAGUUAAGUUAACUGGUUAAUUAAAUUAAGUUCAAUUGACUUUAAUUUCAAUAUUAAAUUAAGGGGUAACGACAUCCUGAAAUAACCAAUAAGCUGGAAACGCCAGCCGGAAGCCAGACAAGGUCAGAUAAGUUGAAUAAAGUACUAAUUUUUUGCGGACGUACAAUAUGGCAACAUAGCAACGAAAAAACUCGGUCAUCUUGUUUCCCAACCGCUGAUUACGAUCCUAGAUUAGACCAGUUAGUGGCCUACAGUAUUAAUUAGUUAGUAUUAAUUAAUUAACAUAACUAUUUAUUUCUUACAGAAACUAUUUCAAGUGAAAACACACAGUCAACUAAUGAUGACACUAACUUUAAUUCUCAACAAAUUCAUAAAGGUAAUACGAAAGUUUCUUAUCAUUAUAUGAACAUCAUUUUAGAUAUUCGCAUGUUCAAGUUCGGAAUUGAGCGCUCCCAGGACAUGAAGUUUUGUUUUGUUUCUUCCGUCAACUGCUGUGAUCAUAUAGCCUAAACACACUUGUUUCCAGCUGCUGAUUGACCAGUUGGUGGCCUAUAGUAUUUUCAUUAACCUAAUUAUUUAUUUCUUACAGAAACUAUUUUAAGUGAAAGCACGGAGUCAACCAAUGAUGACACCAACUUCGAUGCUCAACAAACUCACGAAGGUAUAUGA